AUGGCGAGGUUUGAGACAUUUCUCUAUUAUCUGCUUAUAACGAUCUCCUGGCAAAUACAUGGGUUCACUUCAGGGACUGGCAUAUUUUUGAAGACUGGAGAAGAUCUAUUCCUUAAUGUCACACAAGCUGAAAUUCCAACAAUUUGUCGUUUAUGGGUGUGGCGAUUUGGUGAUUAUGCAAUAGUAUCUUUUUCUAAAGAUUCAGAGGCAGAAGUGGAACUGAGUCACAAAGGAAAAAUUGAAAUUCUACAGAAUGGCAGAGUUAAACUCAAUAAUCUGAACAAGUCAGACAGUGGAAUCUAUACUGCGGAAAUAGUUUUGCCAAUAAAAAAAAAGCUUGCUGAAUACAACGUAACAGUGCAAGAUCCAGUGUCUCCUGCUGUUCUCACAAUCACCUGUGUGUCCAGCAACUCCUCCUUACGUAUCCUAACUGUGACCUGCAAGGCAGAGGACUCUUCUAUCAGCAGUGCUCUAAUAUGUGAAAAACAAACCUGUAAACAGGAGUUAAAAAAGAGUAGAAUGGUGACAAAAUCUGGCUCUUCCCUUCAUAUCUAUCAUACCAAUGAAUCAAUCAUCUGUAACCAUAGCAACCAGGUUAGCUGGAAAGAAUCCAUAAAAAAGAUUGAGGAUGACUGCAUCCAGAUUGGUGAAUCCAGAAACAGGGUUAUGUUAAUAAUCCUUGUCACUCUCGUAGUUUCUGCAGUCAUUGCAGUUUGCAUUUUAAUCAUCAGAAGUAGCGGAUGUCAAAAAGGAAACAAAGACAUGGACAAUACAAUAUAUGCAUGUCCUGUGGUAGAGGAUUCUCUUGACAGACGAAAUGAAACAGUUAAAGAUGAAGAUUGUUCCCCAACUACAACCUACAGCACAGUGGGAGCUUCAAGUAAGGAAUCCACUAAGAGUAGAUUCAAAGACCAACCAGAGACUGUGUAUGCACAGGUAAACAAGGCUUCCAGAUGACAUAACUUUAAAAAGAACUGGAGUA